AUGUCGGCCAAUCUGAACCAAAAGCUCGAACUUGAACAAACGAGUCAUCCCAAGACUGAAGAAACAAGAGGGGCAACUGCGCCGAGUGGAGUCUCACUCAAGAGGCACCAUAGCUUCGAGAACCAUUGCUCUCAAGGUGCCCGCUCAGAUUCUUCUUCAAAUGCACCAUCCAUCUAUGGCGCUGGGACGAACGUACAUGGAGGCCGUGAAGGCGCAGGUGGUGGAUUCAGAUGCGGGAGGAGUUAUGGAAGGGGUACCGGUGAACAAAUGAAGGAUGCGGGGACACGUCGCGCUCCUAGUAGUCCAUCUGUCUCUGCCGUUGGGAGCAGUCCUCCUGUCGAGUCAACUAGCCAGAAUCUAAACUUCAACCCCAGCAACACUCAGGUCACUGGUGCACCUUUUACCCCUGCCCGUCUGGCAGGGCCAGCUCCCAUCAGGUUCAAGUCUAGUCGGACUGUUCCACACCCUUCUUGCGCACCAACGCCAGCACCCGCCGCCGGCACCUCGUCUACACCUCCUUUUCUUUCCACCCCUGCUGCGCCUGGCGAGCAUCAGCCCUUGUCCGUCUCUAAUUCCCAUCCUGACCCUUCCGCACGAACUGUAGACACCAAUGAUCCUGAACUAAUCAUCGAGUAUCUGGUAUUGCUCCUUCAUCGAUCAUCCCACUAA